CAUUUUUUUCUGAACUUGCCAUUUUUUAGUAUUUUUUACGAAUUUUUAUUAUUUUUUAUUAUUUUAUUAGGAAUUAAAACAUUUUAAUAGCUCUAAGGGUAUAAUUGUCCAAGGUACACAUAAUUAGUCCUAUGCAAACAUAGUUUAUUUUUUGGUCCUAUUUGUGAAAAGUGAAUGACUUUUAGUCCUAUUUUGAUAAUUAACUCUUAAUGAUAAUCCACGAGGGUUUGAUGUAUUAAACCCCUAAUUGCUCGUUCAAAUAAGUCCACUCUUCUAAUGAUUUCAAAAUACUCCACUCAUUUAGCAAUGUUGGCUUUUCCAUACAGCGGUGAUUAUCUAUCUGUAAACCUCAAAACGCCUUCCCUAUACCCCCCCGCGUUUUGCUCAAACUAUCUAACCAUCCUUUAUUCCCGCCGCUCCCUUCACAAACGCAUUUCCAUCUUCCAUUCCCAUUUUCUUGAGAACAGUCAAUCUGAUUCCUACACACGGCGGGGGCGAGAAUGGGGAGUGGCAGGACUCGGUGGAAGCUCUCAUUCCACAGCUCGUUUCUUAGAAAGCAUCUUCUCGCCGUUCCCGACGAGUUCUUGUGUCCCAUCUCUCGUUCUCCCAUGGCCGACCCUGUCAUCGUCUCUUCCGGCCAUACCUUCGAGCGCCAGUGCGUUAUUGCCUGCAAGUCUCUGUCUUUUAUCCCAACACUUUCAGAUGGAUCCGUCCCCGAUUUCUCCACUGUCAUCCCCAAUAUAGCCCUCAGAUCUGCCAUUCUGAACUGGUGCCGCUCAUCUCUUCUGGAUUCUCCCAAGCGGAUUGAUUUUGUUUCGGCCGUGAAGCUCGUCCGUACACUCAUGGCCGCUCAAAACCAUGAGCCCUACCUCGAGAACAGCGACAAUGUUAGCGAUUUUGAGGCUCUGAAGGCGCUCAGUGGGUCGCAGUCUGUGGUGGACCGUACGCCUAGUUUAUUGUCGACGACGAGUUCUGAGAGAUCGGCGGCGGCGGAGACCAUAGGGCGUAGUCCUGCACGACCGGCGUGUUUGUCUUCUUCGUCGUCCUCGUCCGAUUUGGAAGCCCUGUACUCGAAUCAUAUGGAGGAAGAAGAGUUUGUGGCAAAGCUCAAGAGCUCCCUAGUGUCGGAGCAGGAGGAAUCCGCAGCGUCGCUCCGGAAAUUGACCCGAACCCGGGAGGGAAAGCGGAUCCAACUCUGCACUCCCAGAUUACUAGCGGCGCUCCGACCACUCAUCACCUCCAGGUACGCCCCCGUCCAGAUCAACGCGGUCGCGGCGGUUGUGAACCUCUCCUUAGAGAAUCAAAACAAGGUGAGAAUCGUGCGGUCAGGAAUCGUGCCGCCGUUGAUCGUCGUACUUAAAGGAGGCUCCCCUGAAUCGCAGGACCACGCCGCCGGUGCGCUCUUCAGCCUAGCCCUAGACGAUCAUAACAAGACCGCAAUAGGUGUUCUCGGAGCUCUGCCUCCGCUCCUCUAUUCCCUGCGAUCCGAAUCUCUACGGACCCGGCACGACUCCGUUCUAGCUCUCUACCAUCUCUCUAAAGUCCAAAGCAACCGGGCUAAACUGGUGAAACUCGGGUCGGUCCAAACCCUAAUCGAUAUGGUGAAAUCGGGUCACAUGACGAGCCGGAUCCUCCUGGUUCUGUGUAACCUUGCUAACAGCCCGGAAGGGCGGGCAGCCAUGCUGGACGGCGGUGCGGUGGAUUGCUUUGUAAACAUGCUAAAAGAAGGGGAUAGUGAAUCGGACUCCAUUAGAGAGAGAUGUGUUUCUGCAUUUUACGGGCUUAGCCAUGGCGGGCUGAGGUUUAAGGGGCUAGCUAAGGAUGCCGGAGCAGAGGAAGUGUUGGUGAAGUUGGAAGAGACCGGAAGUGAACGGGUCGGGUUGAAGGCUAAGAGGAUACUGGAGGUGUUGAGGAAGAAGGAGGAUGAAGAGGUGGAAGAGGAGGUGGAUUGGGAAAAGCUAUUGAACUGUGAUGAUAAAGACAUUAGCCAAACACGGUGUUAGGGUUGAUUAUGGUUUCUCUUUAAUUUUUGCUGUGCUAAUUUGAUUCAUUUGCAAAGAAUGAAUGACAUUUGUAAUUAUUUUUGGGUUUCUGGCUUCACAUAGCUGUAAGCCUGUAAAUAAAGUUUUGGUAAGAUAGUUUGAACUUUGAAGUGGGUUUUUAAAUUAGAAAAACAGGCUCAAGUUGCCAGUUUUGUGCCACUUUCAUAUUGUUUGAUUUGGUUUUCAAUUCUCCAAAAGCAAAAAAUUAUCUGUGUUUAGGAACCUUCAUCAAGAAGAUGGUUAAAGUGAGAAAUUGUGCAAUGAAUCUGACUU